UCAUAAUGCGGCCAGCAACAGCUAAACAGUCGCUAACAAAAAAUAGCGACCUCUGUUGUUUGAUAAAAACUAUUGUAUAUACCCCAGACUUCAUUGUUGUAAUACACGCGCAAAGCAAAAUAGUCAGGGGCAGCUGAAGAGGUUUCAUGCGAAAGUUGAGAAAGAGUUCGAAUGAUGGUUGCGCUUCGUUUGUUGUGAAAAAAAAAACGUUUUUCUUGGAGAUUUUAAUCUACAGGUGUUUGAUGAUGGCAAAACAUCUGAUUCUCGUUUCCAUCUUUAUGGAUGAUGAAAACAAGCUGAAGAAAAAGACAAGCGUCAAAAAUGUCAGAGAAAUCCAAGACCAAGCGAGGACCAUGUACCCUGUUGGAGGAGCCUACUUAGAGCGCUUCAUGGUCUACUGUAAGGACUUUGAAGAGUAUGUUGACGUAGACAACAGCCACAGAGUAGAGGCCAAGGAAAAGUAUCAACUCCAUUUUAAAAGUCUAAACAAAAAAUCAUCAGCGCCUGAACUUGAGGGUGCACCAGGUAGUAGUAGCGCUCCUCCCAAACCAGUUGAGAGUAUGACCAAGCAAGAAAUAAUGGAAGCAGCACAAAUCUACAAGAAAAAUCUCACAAAGUACCGCAGAGGCAUCAACAAGUUUGCCAGCAACAUUGCUGUUGAACAUCCACAGGUUCUUAAGAACAGGGACAAGCUGAUAAAGUUGGCAAAUGAGGCACUUGCUCUGAGUGGUUAUAAAUAUGCAAGAAGAAGCAAGACAAAAGCAAAUAUAAAAGUUGAAAUGAUUCCAAGAGAUAAUACUCUAAGCGAGCACUCGUACUGUUUACAAACUUAUUAUCUGACAGAGGAAUCGGAGGCUCAACCUGUAAACGACCAAGAAGGGUCAGAAACACCGCAGGAAAAUCUAAGUGACUUGACUAAUGAUCAGAGUGUUGACUCUUCCAAAACGGAAGAAGCCGUCGUGAACACACUGGUCGCAGAUGAGAGACGCAAGUUAAGUGCUACCUUGAUCUCUCCUCCAAUCCAAAGAAGUGUUACCCAGCAAUGCUAUCCCCAGGCAGACCCGAUUAUGGAAAGUGCCGAUAUGGCAGCACUGAGAAAGGCCACCAUGGUAUUCGGACGGGAGAAGAGUUUUCAAAUGACCAGCUACCAACUUGCAAUGAACGAGAUGGCAUUCAAGGCCGCCUUGGAGGAUCCGAGCUUGUUGGGUGAAAGAGGCAAGCUCUUUCGAGAGGCUCAGAAGAGGCUGUACUACAGCGGCUACAGGUACACCCGAUCUAACCAAACAAGAAGCAAGUUGUUCCUACCGGGUGGCGGCAUCGAGAAGGAUAACAAGACAAUGUCAAAGAAAGAGCGAGCGAAUCGCAUCGCAGAUAUCGAAGUUAAGGUGACCAUUCUGAAAGAGCAGGUGGCACUCAUCACCGCUGAGAGGUCAAAGGUCGAGUGGCAGGACCGAGCGGAGCAGUUCAACAAGCAGAUCGACGAGCUGCAGGAAAAGAUUGUCGUUUUGGAGGGGGAAAAACGCGGUCAUACCAAGAAAGGUGAAGCGAUGAAACGGAGGUGGGCUUGGGAACUCCAGUACAGGGAGAAAUGGAAGCGCCCGAGGAGCAUUGCUGCAGAACAAGGUGACUCGGAAACCCUAUCGGAAACCUGACAUCUUGGGUUUUACAUGACAUUGUGUGAGCGAUGAAGUUUCUUGACCACCUGAGACUCAUAAUUCUCUAGACCCUUUGUCACAUCAGUGCCUCAGUACGUUCACUAAAACAAGAGCAACAUUUUGAUAUCAACGUUACUAAUAAGAUAAGAAUUUUGAAUGAAUCCCAACCGAGUAAUAUGCCGGUGAUUUUUGUUCACAGAACUCGGGGAAAGUAAUGAGUAAUUGCUUAUCAAAUACACGUACACAUAAUAAUUAUGUGUAAGGGUGAUGAAACCAAAGUAAUUUUCUUUAUCCCUGUAAAAAGAAAGUAUACAAUUAAAUAUGCAUACAAAUUAAAUUUAUUUAGGGCUUGAACUUCUCAAAGGGGAAUCCAAAUCCACAAGACCACAGGACUUGUAACUCAGAAUCUUUACUGGAUCGUGAUCUUAUUUACAAGACCGAAAUCAAAAUUAGAAGAGAAUAGAAUCAAAAUGAUAAAACAGUUUUAUUAUCGUCACUGUUUUAUUUGAACAAGAUAAGAUUGAUGUUUUCUGUUUUAAGGCAGUACUCAGCAGGAUUGAAAGAUAUUUGUGAGACUCAAACUCAACAUUUGAACAUCAUUAUUUUGAGACAAAGAUGUUGAAUUGAAGAGAAAAAAACAAGACCACCAGACUUGGCCUCGUCUUGCACUUUUUGUGCCUGACACUAUUAUUUAUAAGAAGCGCUACCGCGCUAACAUUUCUCACACUCAGAUUGGUUAUUCCUAAAAGAGAUUUUCUUUCUACCUAAUUUUCUCCGCGACCAUCCUUUGAAAUGAUUUUUUAUAUGUUAGUUUAACUGUACAUUAUUUUGCAUUUAUAUAUAAGAUCACAACAAUUGAACGUUUUCAAAAACCAAAGGUAUGCUUUGCCUUUCAAAGUUAAACAUUUCGUAGGUGAAAACUUUGUAGAUUUUGUCAAAAGAAAGCAAUGCACAGACCAGAUCAGAGUUGACUGUUUGACGUUUUAGAA